AUGGCAGCCCCACAAAAAAUAGAAGACGGACAAUCAUUCACCAGACCUCCCAGAAGACAACAAAGAGACCACCGUCAAAAUGAGAAGGAAUACAACGAAGCUGACAGAAAAAGGAUUGAAAAGAACUAUAAAGCCAAGAAGAUUCUCGUGUGUGGAAUAGGACCGGAUGAGUACAAUCGCGUCUCAGCUUGUUCAUCAGCAAAAGAGAUCUGGGAAGCUCUUCAAACUGCCCAUAAAGGAACAACUCAGGUAAAUGCUAUUUCUGAGGCCAAGGAUCUCAGCCAAUUGAAGGUCGAUGAGCUUAUUGGGAACCUUAAUGAACAUGACCAUGAAAAAGGCAGAAAAGAAUGA